ACUGCACGGAAAUAGGAAAUGUUUGCCGUAAACUGACUGGUUUAAAAAGGCGCGGACGUAUCAAUGUCAGUUUGGUAGAUGGUUGUCAAGCAGUCGAAUUCUGCACAAAUACGGCACAAAUAACGUUACAAACAGGUUUCACGCGUAGCUAUGUCGUACAGAAGAGGAGCUCUAAUAGUGCUUGAAGGAGUGGACAGGGCUGGGAAGACUACACAAUGCAAGAAAUUGGUCCAGGCGUUAAAAGAAAGUGGGCGACCAGCUGAGAUGAUGCGAUUUCCCGACAGAACUACGAAGAUAGGUCAGUUGAUCAACGCCUACCUAGAGAAGAAGAGCAACUUGGAGGACCACACAGUGCAUCUACUCUUCUCAGCUAACCGCUGGGAGCUGGUGCCGCUGAUGAGGCAGAAGCUGGAGCAGGGUGUCACUCUGGUUGUGGACAGGUAUGCCUUUUCAGGAGUGGCAUUCACAAGUGCUAAGCCGGGCUUCAGUCUGGAAUGGUGCAUGAAUCCAGAUGUUGGGUUGCCAAAGCCAGACCUGGUGCUCUUCCUGCAGCUGCACCCUGCAGCAGCUGAACAGCGGGGUGAUUUUGGAGCAGAGCGCUACGAGAACAGUGACUUUCAGAAGACUGUGCUCCAGAGAUUUGAGCAGCUUAUGAGGGACCCUUCCCUGAACUGGCAGGUGAUAGAUGCUGCCAAAAGCAUAGAAGACCUGCACAAAGAAAUCAAGACCCACAGUGACACCGCCAUCACUAUGGCAGAGAGCCAACCAAUCAGAGAGUUGUGGAAAUGAGGCUCUACAAAUCACAGAUCCAUGCAAAUGCAGUUCCAGCAGGGGAAAAAAUGGUACGCCUGCUGAGAGAGGAUGCUACUGUCGCAUGACGUCCAGGAAUCUGACGCUUCUGUCCAAGACACUCAUGAACUGGUAUUUUUUUCCACAUGACCAUCUGCUUCAUUUAUGCUCUGCCAAAGGACAAACAUAAAAUUAGGCAGGUUCAGUGAUGAUGAAGAGCACUCAAAUGUGACACUUGAUGCAGUGGAAGGUGCAGGCGAUUUGGGUAGGAAGAGUUACAUACAAGUUUUGUCAACAUCACCAUUUCGUCUUGGGUAAAGAGACAGAAUGCAGAUUAAAUGUGCAAGAAUGACCAAAAACGUCCGUUAAUGAUAGGUGUCCACACAUUUGCCUUUAGUAUCAAUCAAUGUCUUUAUUUUCUUUUGGCUUAUUAAUGUGUUUUGCAUCUAUAUUCUGUUAGUAUAUCCAGCUAAUGCACAGAUAUGUAAAUAAAUAAUUUUAAAAGCAA